AUGGAGACUGACUCUACCAAUAAUCAAACGGUCCUCAUCUCCGACGAUGAAACGGCCAAGUACUUCACCAUAUACUCCUCCGCAGUCCACAAAGUCGUCGUCAUGGUCAACGCCGGGAUUCUAGCAUUACUCCAGCUUGUUAGCCAACACUCCUCUGUUUUUGAAACGCAUAAAGCCUCAUUCCUCAGUUUCUGUGUCCUCGUUUUGUUCUACGCCGUUCUCCGCGUACGUGAAGUGAUAUACAUGCGCCUACGACCAGGCUUAGUCCCUAGGCUCGCUGGACACGCGAGCCAUCUUUUUGGCGGUCUAGCCGCUCUAGUCCUCCUCUCCGUGGUUUGUACCACGUUCGCCAUAGUCCUUUUGGCUCUUUGGUUUCUCUGGCUUUGCACUGUCGUCUACAAAAAUUUCAGCGAGGUCAUGCUGAUCAUAUAUUCGGAGAUAUACAAAUCUGGUUCCGGUUUACCUCAGUUGCCACCGGUUUAA